AUGUCCUCCAACUUACAAUGCAGCUUUAUCGGUCUAGGCGCUAUGGGCAAGAACAUGGCUGGCCAUAUCGCGAAACACGUCGAAUCACUCGGUUAUCCCCCUUUGCUGGUCUUCAAUCGUACCCAAGCAAAAUCUGAAGAACUUAAAAAAACUCAUCCUGUAAAAGUAGCUACCGCACUUGAAGAAGUUGCAAAGAAAUCAGACAUCAUCUUUUCUUGUCUUCUAAAUGACGCGGCUGUAGAAGAAGCGGUGAAUGGCCUGGUCCCUCAUCUUAAAUCCGGCACUCUUCUCGUUGAACAGUCUACGAUUAGUCCUAAAAUGGCAGAGAAACUCGCUGAAAAGGUGUCUCAAGUUGGUGCAACAUACUUGGCUUGCCCCGUAAUGGGUCCUCCAGCAAAGGCUGCUGCUGCAGAAUUAAUCGUUCUGGUCGCUGGUGGUGACAGCAAUAGUCGCUCUAAAGCCCUGUCAAUAUUGAUUCCAGCUAUUGGUAAAAAGAAGAUUGAACUUGGCGAUACUGUUGGCCAAUCAUUACGCUUGAAAUUAUGUGGUAACUUUGUUGUGACAAGCACUGUAGAGAUGUUGGCCGAAUACAUGACUCUUGCUGAAGCCUCUGGUGUUGGUCAAGAUAAAGCUCAAGAGCUAUUGGACAACUUCUUGCCAGGAACAAUGGUAGCUACAUAUGGCUCACGUAUGUCUCAACAAACUUUUACAAACGAAAUACAUUUUCCUGUUAGUUCUAUCAAGAAGGAUGUGAAUCAUAUAAUCAACCUUGCAAAGGAAUCUAAUGCCUCUAUACCUAUCACUCACAAGUUUUUGGAACAUUGUAAUACCGUACAAGAAAAGCAUGGUGAUUUUGACUUGACAAGCGUUGUCGGAGUUCUCAGAGAAGAGGCUGGACUUCCUUUUAUCAUUGAAAAGAAAUAA